GCCAGAAGCUAGUCCUGGCUGCUGAGAAGUCACAUUCGAACACAGAGUUGAUAUGAAUAGAUAAACCAAAAGAUACUCAGAUUUAUACCUGUUUUCAGAGCGGAGGAUUUAUUUUUUGUUUUUUUCCCCAUGAGUUGUGGAAGAAUACUGUGAUAGUGAUACAUUGGAACAGAAGAAAGAUGGACUCCAAAGAAUCUUCUGAUACAGAUUUGCGAGAACGGAAGAAAUUCCUUCCUCCUGCUGAAACAUCUAAGCAAGCAGAGACACCAGUUUGUGGUCUGUCACUGGGCAAGAUCAAGACAUGGCUAUCAAAUGAAAGAGUUGUGAAAUCCAUAGCUUUCCUUUAUCGAGUUGCCAUCCUCUUGCUCCUCAUUGGCAUUGUAACCAUAGUUGUUACAAAAGCAAAACAGAUUGAGCAGCUGGGACGUAGUUUGAUAUCCCCACCGCAGUGUGGUCCACCAUGCCCCCAUUAUUGGAUUGGAUAUGAGGGAAAGUGUUACUACUUUUCAAGGGAAAAACGGGAUUGGGUCUCCAGCCACCACUACUGUUCUUCACACAAUGCGUCCCUGGCCAGGAUUGACAAAGAAGAAAUGGACUUUGUGAUGCGGCUCAAAGGCAAAGAUAUCUAUUGGAUUGGGCUCCGAAGAGUCUUAAAUAAGGACUGGACAUGGGCAGACGGAGAAAAUGCCACGAUGGAGGUCACUGGAGAAGGAGGACACUGUGCAUUUCUAGACAAUAUAGGCAAAGCCAUUGCUUCAGGAUGCCACACGAAAUUACUUUGGAUCUGCAGCAAGCCUGAUGCAUAUACAACAAAGGACGUCACAGAUACAUAGGCAGAUGUGUGGGAUGGGGCAAGAAAAAUAGUUACAGCCCACCAGUUAACUGGGGACAAGUGCCAAUGUCAGUAAGACGGUGAAGCCUACCCUGCUGUGUAAUAACUGUAUUUUUCUCAGGUUGCAAACUUCACACAACAGUAAAGGGGAGAACAGGAGCUUUAUUACUUUAUAGGGAUGGAUGCUACACUUUCACUAAAGGACAAUUUGCCCACUCUGCUUACACACGCUCCCUCUUCCUUUGUUAAUAGCAAAUCAGUGGACAUCAAGGAGACUUUUUGGGAAUGUUUGCACAUCAUAGAUACAAUUAGAAAAGGUCAUACAAGCAUAGUGGUAGACCAGUUGUCAGAAAAUAUGGAUUGUUGGUGUCUAAUAUUUGUAGAUAGCAUGAUCUCAUCAGACCUUGGAAGCUAAACAGGGUUGGUCCUGGCUAAUAUUUGGAUGGGAGAGCACCAAGGAAUACCAGGGUUGUGAUGUGCAGGUAGGCAAUGACAAACCACCUUUGAACAUCUCAUGCCUUAAAAACCCUACAGAGUUAUUGGGAUUGGAUUAGUCACCAUAAGUCAAUAAAUAAAAAUUAAGUUCCACAUGU